AUGGACAAUGGUUUAAUCAAUGCUAUACUUUUUAUUGACUUAAAAAAAGCUUUUGAUACCAUUGACCAUGAAAUUCUUCUAAAUAAAUUAUCUCGAUAUGGUUUUAAAUGCAAGACCAUUGAACUUUUCCGCGAUUAUUUAACGGGACGUACUCAAAUAACUGUUGUUAACAAUAUCCCAUCUGAUAGCUCUGAUGUUACAUGUGGGUUCCUCAAGGAUCCAUUUUAG